AUGGACAUUGUUGAACACCAGCUUGUUGGGGACUUUUCGGUUCCCUUGCUAUGCUGUGUACCUACCCGUGGAAAAAACAACGAGUUUGUCACUAUCACAUAUGACAAGCCACAUUAUGUCCCCAUGAGCCAGCACCACAUUGACACAAUCAGCAUUGAAAUAAAGACGGAUCAGAAUAGACACGUCUCAUUUCGUUUUGGCAAGAUUGUAAAAGGUGAUGGAACGGAUCUUGAUGAUGGGGCUGCAGUGGGGCUAGUGAAUUACCCCUUAGCCUCUAUUUUCAGCCAGCUGGAUGUCACUCUGGGAGACUGUCUCAUAAGCCAAAGCAACAACUGUUACCCUUACAGAGUCUUCAUUGAAUCAGUGCUCAACUACAGUGAUGAUACACUCGCUACUCUGUUUUUGGCUGGUCUGUUUUACAAAGACACCCCUGGACAACAUGAAGCAGUCGUCUUGGAUGGUGAUAACCAUGGGUUUAGGAGACAGGUAAGCCUGACUGCUGGGAGCAGAAAGAUAGAGCUGCUAGGCCACCUCCACAGUGAUUUGUUUUUUGAAGAAAAACUUUUGUUGAAUGACGUGGAUGUGAAAAUUAAACUGACUCGCAGUAAAGAUGCCUUCUGUUUAAUGGGCACCCCAGAGGUUGGACAGUGUAAACUACAAAUCACGUAUGCCUCACUUUUUGUGAAGAAAGUGAAGGUGGCUCCGGGUGUCCGGUUGGGUCAUGUGGAGGCCUUGCUUAUAGCCAAUGCUAAAUAUUCCAUAGACUGCACAGGUCUGAAAGUGUUUAGCAUUCCUGCUGGCAGUCGGGUCAGUAAUCAGGAGAAUCUGUUUCUGGGACAGUUGCCCAAGCUCAUUGUUAUCAGGUUUGUGGAUAAUGAUGCCUUUAGUGGGAACUAUUCUAAGAACCCUUUAACUUUAAAAAUUACAAAUUUUGUUGCCUUGUACGUUGAUGGAGAACAAAUCCCAGCAAAACCUCUACAACAUGAUUUUGAAAAUGGUAACUGUGUGAGAGAAUAUAUGCAGCUGGUACAGACUGCUGGUAAGCAUAUGAAAGACCAUUCCCUAUUGAUCAACCGUGAGGAGUUUGCCCAGGGGUACACCUUGUUUGCCUUUGAUCAGUCUCCUGACCAGGAAUGUGCUGACCAUUAUUCCUUGAUUAAAACCAGGCACCUGAGAGCAGAAAUACGCUUUGCAGGGACUUUGCCCAUCACUGUCAACAUGAUCGUGUAUGGGGUCUUUGACAAUGUUAUAGAGAUAAACCAGAGGAGAAACAUGCUGUUUGACUACAUGUGA